AUGGCACCCAAGAAACGGACUGCUAUAGCACAAGUUAGUGCCGAAUCGUCAUCAAAGCGAUUACGUCAAGAUGAUCAACAGGUGGCACCUGAACAAUCAAAUUCUACCAAUCGUGGUGUCUCACCUUCACCGAGCUCUGAAGGAGAAGAUGAAAACCUUGAUGCUACCUUUGUUUCAGGUGGAGAAUCAGAAGAUGAGGGUCAAGCUCAACAACAGGCUGGACGUCAAUCAAACGCUGUGAAAGCCCAAGCAAUGAAAGUCAAAUUCAAUCCAUCUAAUCCUUUAUCUUAUGAUAUGUCAGAAGAGACGGGUGAACAAUCAGAUAUCGUCUUUCCUCCUGGUUCUGAUUAUAAAUAUCUUAAUUUAAAGGCCGAUCACGCGUCUAGACCACUUUAUAUUUCACCUAAUACAGCUUCACGUAAUAUCAUUCUUGAAGCCUUUCAUCCACUUGCUGCCCAAGCUCAAGAUUUCUUAAUCACCGUGUCUGAACCUGUCUCUCGACCCACGCAUAUUCACGAGUAUAAGUUAACAAAACAUUCACUUCAAGCUGCAAUAUCAGUAGGACUUCAAACAGAAGAUAUUAUUGAGGUUCUCAAUCGAUUAAGUAAAGUGAGGGUCUCUGCUGAAUUAGCCGAGUUUAUUAGAGAGUCUACGGCUAGUUAUGGAAAAGUCAAGCUGGUAUUGAAGAAGAAUAGCUAUCAUGUCGAGAGUAGUGAUCCGGAAGUUCUAAGACGAUUAUUACGCGAUAGUGUCAUAAGUCAAGCUCGACUCGCACCUGAAGAUGCCGGAGCAGAAAACAACAAGGAAGACACGAUGGUUACUUUUGGACUGAAUCAAGAUAAUGCACCUAAAAGAGGUGAUUUGGUAAUUCCAGGUACCUCAAAGCCUGGUGCAUCCGGAACUGGAGAGUCAUCCAAUAACCAAGCCAAAUCAGCUGAAGAUGAUCUAUUUGGUGCUAUCAUCGGAGUCGACAAUGCCGAUGAGAAUGAUGACGAUGACGCUGUACAUUCAUUCGAGGUCAAGGGUGCUGAGAUCGAGAAUGUGAAACGUCGCUGUGCCGAACUUGACUAUCCUAUGUUGGAAGAAUACGAUUUCCGUAAUGAUACCGUUAAUCCCACCCUAGAGAUUGAUCUGAAACCAGCCACUCAAAUCCGACCUUAUCAAGAGAAAAGUCUCAGCAAAAUGUUUGGAAAUGGGCGAGCCCGCUCUGGUAUCAUUGUCUUACCAUGUGGAGCUGGAAAAACUCUUGUUGGAAUUACAGCAGCUUCUACAAUUCGAAAAUCAGUACUGUGUCUUUGUACAUCUGGAGUAUCAGUCAUGCAAUGGCGUCAACAAUUUUUAAUGUGGAGUAAUAUUCAAGAUCGACAAAUCUCAGUCUUUACAGCUGAAACCAAGGAGAAAUUUGCGGGUGCAUCUGGAAUUGUCGUCUCAACUUAUUCUAUGGUCGCUAACCGAACUAAACGGUCACAUGAUUCACAGAAAAUGAUGGAUUUCUUGACUUCAAGAGAAUGGGGUUUAAUCUUACUUGAUGAGGUACACGUUGUACCGGCAGCGAUGUUCAGAAGAGUUGUUGGAACUAUCAAAGCUCAUGCUAAGUUAGGCUUGACCGCCACAUUAGUGCGAGAAGAUGACAAGAUUGAUGAUUUGAAUUUCUUAAUUGGGCCUAAAUUGUAUGAAGCUAAUUGGAUGGAUUUAGCUGCUAAAGGACAUAUUGCAAAUGUACAAUGUGCUGAAGUAUGGUGCCCUAUGACCCCGGAGUUCUAUCGCGAAUAUUUGAGAGAAAAAUCUCGAAAACGAAAUCUAUUGUAUUGUAUGAAUCCUCAGAAAUUUCAAGCAUGUCAAUUUCUUAUCAAGUUUCACGAGGAAAGAGGUGAUAAGAUCAUCGUUUUCUCCGAUAAUGUUUAUGCCCUUGAAGCAUAUGCUAAAAAACUUCGUAAACUUUAUAUUCAUGGUGGUACACCUCAAGUUGAACGAAUGAGAAUUUUGCAAAACUUUCAACAUAAUCCAUUAGUUAAUACAAUCUUUUUAUCAAAAGUUGGAGAUACUUCUAUCGAUCUUCCUGAAGCUACUUGCUUGAUUCAAAUCUCUUCACAUUUUGGAUCUCGACGUCAAGAAGCUCAACGAUUAGGUAGAAUUCUGAGAGCAAAGAGAAGGAAUGAUGAAGGUUUCAAUGCUUUCUUCUAUUCACUUGUGUCCCGAGAUACUCAAGAGUUUUAUUUUAGUACCAAACGUCAACAAUUCUUAAUCGAUCAAGGAUACGCAUUCAAGGUGAUCAGUCAUUUACAAGGAUUAGAAAAUUUACCUGAAUUAGUUUAUGCAACUAAAGAUGAACAAAUCGAACUUUUACAAUCUGUUUUACUUGCAAAUGAAAGUGAUGCAGAUAUUGGAGCAGAUGUAAGAAUGUUAGAUGAUAUAGGAGGUAAAGGAUUUGGUGGAAAUGGGAAAGGAGCUGCAAAGAAUGCAGGAGUUAGGAGAGUUGUGGGGAACCUUGGUGGAUUGAGUGGUGGACAAUCUAUGAGUUAUAUUGAAAGGAAUAAGUCUGCAAAUAAGCAACUUUCAAAAGAACAAGCUAAAUCUAGAAAUAAGAUUUUCUCUAAAAGAGAUGAAGCAGCAAAAAAGAAAAGAAAAGAAAAAGAACAAAAUUAA